AUGGUAGCGCUCAAAGAUAAAUCAGCCUUACAAUAUGUUUACCCUUUUAUAGGUCCAAUUGUGCGGAUCAACCCCCGAGAAGUCCACAUCAAAGAUCCGUAUUUCUACGAUGAGCUUUAUGCUCCGAGCAGCGGGGUGCGAGACAAAGACCCGAAAUCCGUAGUGAUCUUCAGUGCCCCUACCUCGUUAGUCGCAACAGUUGACCAUCAAACGCAUCGCAUGCGCCGGAAAUUACUAAACAACUUCUUUUCAAGGCGGUCGAUUGAGAAUAUCGAGCCGGUUAUCCACAAGUCGCUCUCAAGGUUCCUGGAUGGUCUUACUACAGCCCACAAGGAAGGCAGCGUAGUAGAGUUGAUCGACAGACUACAAGGGUUGACAGGUGACGUGAUAACAGAAUAUGCGUAUGGAGAGAACUAUGGGCUCCAAGAUCCUGAGAACUAUGGCAAAGGCAUUGUCAAGGUUGUUCAGGAAGGGACGGACCAAAUUCACUUCUUUAGGUUUUUCCCUCUCGUUUCGCAACUCUUGCGAUAUGUACCCUCGUGGUUUAUGAGCCAGGUCUUCCCGGCCCGAGCGGCAAUAUACCAGCUGCUGGAUGGUGUACGGAAGCAAUCAAUCCUCGCGCUUCAGCAGAGGAACACUUCCAAUGCUCCCCAGAAGAUGACCAUUUUCCAAGCUCUUACGGCUCCAGAGGUGCCGCCCGAGGAAAGAAAUUUGCAGCGCCUCGAGGAUGAGGGGCUGGUUUUGUUUGCUGCCGGUACAGAGACCACGGCGACCACCUUAUCUGUGGCUUUAUUUUACAUUCUGAAUGACAAGAGGGUCCUUUCGAAACUUCGCAGAGAAUUGGAACAAGUAAUGCCAACACCGCAACAUCCAACAACAUGGCGCGAACUUGAAAAGCUGCCAUAUUUGACGGCAGUCAUCCGCGAGGCCCUACGCUUUUCUGGAAUAGUUAUGCGACAGCAGAGAAUUUCGCCGACACAGGCCUUAAAAUACAAGGAUAUUGUGGUGCCUCCUGGGACACCAGUCAGUAUGAUCGCACGUUUCGUACAUAUGGAUCCCACCAUUUUUCCUGAUCCGACGAGGUUUCACCCUGAACGUUGGAUGCUCGCAGCUGGGCGCGAUGAAGGUCUUUCAAAGUUCCUUGUGACAUUUAGCAGAGGUAACAGGGGCUGUAUAGGCCUGAACUUGGCCUAUGCGGAAUUAUAUAAUACCCUCGCAGCUGUUGUCCGUCGAUUCGAUUUGGAAUUGUACCAGACGACGCCAGAGAAUAUUCGGUUCGUACGAGACAAACUUCUUCCACGGAGCAAGGAUGGUUGCUGGACGGUCCGAGUCAAGGUUGUUGGAAUCCGUGAGGAAUAG